AUGGCCAAAUUGGAUCUAUUGCUCUGUUGCCUACCUACGAUCAACAACCGACAAAGGAGCCCAUAUCAAACUCCUUAUGGCAACAACACGACUAUGUCCGCUACAUCGUGCACUCACAAUCCCUCGACUCGAACUCAGUGCACUCACGUUGUGAUCCACCCUAAUGAAGCACGUCACGAAGGAAAUGAAUAUCCAGCUUUACCAACAAUAUCUAUGGUCUGA